CCCAUUCAUGAAAAUUGGGCGCCGGAUGACGUCACGCUAUUACUACGAAUUACACACACCAAGCUGCACACACGGAAACCGGCGAGCGUGUUGCUCUCGUCUUCCCAAAACAUCCCAGAAAAGCUCCCCAGUCUUCCGUCCGCAAUGGAGUAUUCGACAACGUACAACCCCGACUCCGGCAACUUCUCGACAACGAUAGAUUUCCCUCCCGAGGACUCCACAUCCUGGGGAAAAUUUUCGCCCACGAAGAGUAAAAAACCCGUCUCCAGGACACUGGACACAGAAUAUGGUAUCCCCUUGGAAGAAGUUGACAACCCCGCCUUUGACUCCUCCCAAACACCUGGAAAUACAGGACGCACAAACGGUGGCCGUUACGACCCAGAACGAGCCGCGGACGAAACAGAUGGAGAUGAGGACCAAAACAGCGAAAGCAAGCUCUGGAGGUGGCUGGACGGCUAUCUUGGCACUGUCAAGGAAGUCUACACCGAAAACAACACCAUGCUAUGGAACGUCUUUUACUUGGUGCUGCUGCUGGUUUACCUGGGCUAUCUGGUCUGGGCCUGCUACUAUGACUUUGAAGAGGCAAUGGUUUUGGUGAUUAUAACUGGCAUAGGACUGUGCCUGUACAUGUACUCGAUCAUUAGGGACUACUACGGCAAAGAGAUAUACAGCCUAACCUGUAAACCUGCCGGCAACUUCGUUGACAAGCACUGGCGAUAUAUCAGAUGGCCGUUAUAUUUGCUGAUUUUGGCCGCUGUUGCUGUGGCGUUAGUCUUUCUCACCAAGGAUAACCCCGUCCAGCUCAUUUCUGCCGCUGGUCUCGUCGCGUUCAUCCUGUUUUGUUACAUCUUCUCCAAGCACCCAAGACACGUCAAGUGGCGGCCCGUCAUUUGGGGACUUGCCUUGCAGUUCAUCCUGGGUCUGUUCAUUUUGCGCACGUCCAUCGGAUUCCAGAUCUUUGAUUUCUUGGGCGUCGUGGUGCAGACUUUCCUUGAGUUCACCGAUGCCGGAUCUGAAUUUGUAUUCGGCGCAGGUUUCCAAGAACACUUCUUUGCUUUUAAGGUUCUUCCAGUAGUGAUCUACUUUAGCGCUUGCAUUUCCAUCUUCUACUACCUGGGCGUGAUGCAGGUUGUCAUAGCCAAGCUGGCCUGGCUCAUGCAGAAGACUAUGCACACCUCGGCGUCAGAAUCCCUCAAUGCUGCCGGAAAUAUCUUCGUUGGCCAGACUGAAGCUCCUCUUCUCAUCCGUCCCUAUCUACCCAGGAUGACCCGCUCUGAGCUCCACGCCGUCAUGACCGGUGGCUUUGCCACAAUCGCCGGCAGCGUCCUGGGUGCCUACAUCUCCUUCGGUAUCAGCGCAUCCCAUCUACUCUCCGCCUCUGUCAUGUCGGCCCCGGCAGCGCUGGCCAUCUCCAAGCUGUUCUACCCGGAGACGGAAAAGUCUCAGACGAAAACGGCCGCGCAAGUCAGGCUGCCCAAAGGGGAGGAGAGGAAUAUCAUAGAGGCUGCAUCAACCGGUGCGUCGACAGCCGUCAUGUUGGCGUUGAACAUCGGUGCCAAUUUGAUCGCCUUUCUGGCCCUUCUAGCCCUCGUGAAUGGCCUACUGGGAUACCUGGGGGAUAAAGUGGGCAUCGACGGGCUCAGCUUUGAGCUGAUCUGCUCUUAUGUCUUCAUUCCCGUCGCCUUCCUAAUGGGUGUGGAAUGGGACGAUUGCCGUAUCGUGGCCGAGCUCAUCGGCACAAAGACGUUCAUCAAUGAGUUUGUGGCAUAUGAACGCCUGGCCGUUUACAUCAACAACAGAGAUAGCGAGAGAGCCACGAUAUCGCUGCGGUCCCAAGUCAUCGCAACCUACGCUCUCUGCGGCUUUGCGAAUCUAGGCUCCAUCGGCAUUCAGCUGGGCGGAAUGACGCCCAUGGCUCCCUCUAGGAAGGGCGAUUUGGCAUCGGUGUCCAUUCGCGCCCUCAUCGCCGGCACGGUGGCGUGCUUCAUGACAGCCUGCAUAGCCGGUAUCUUGUAUGUGCCUUUUGACGAACGGAUGAUAAGUACGACUGCUUUGCCUGGUGGCAUUGGGCCCAUCAUUAACGCGACGAUGCCAUCUACAUUAUAGCCGAGGACAAAAUCCAUUACACCAUCUUCACUGUUAAAAAAAAAAAACCUCUGUGCCGCAACAACAAUCUGGGCAAUUUUGUGCUUAUAUUGGAUGAGUUCGAUUUAAAGAAUGAGCAAUAGGUUUUGUUUUUAUUAAAAGGCUGGUAAGAGUUUGUGGCACCGAGUCUGCAUUUUCACUCUCUGAGUCAAAAGUCUAGCAGAUUUAACUUAAAAUAAUUUGAGUAUGGGAGGGGGGAUAGGAAAGGCUCAAAUUUGGUUUGAGAGAGAUUAACAAUCAGGUAGAUAUGUAGAACAUAUAAUUAUAUUCACAAACCCACCCAUCCACCAAUUCAAAAAAAAAAAAAAUGAAAGAAUGAAGAAAAAGUUGUAGUUGCAACAGCUCACCAGUGACAAUGCCUGCCACUGCCCUAACACUGGGACCACUAACCUUUCAACAACAACAGAAAGUAUAGUGAGCUUGGGCCAUUUUUUCAAAUCUUGACUUUGUUACCAGUUCAACUUCAUCUUGGGCUCUGGAAACACGUUGAAGCAGUUACUGUACAAACUGGGCAAUGCUGCAAACUGUGGCCUAACAUUCUAUGAUUUGAUAUUUAAGUGGCCACAACAACACUGAGCCAAAAGCUCUCAGCCCAGGAGUCUAAAUUCAUGAAAGCCGAGCCUGAAGCGAAAUAGCUUAGCACAAAGCCCCAAGUAAUGCCCCUCACAUGUUCAAGCUCGACACACGUGGUACUUUUCGCUCAAUCAAGCGUUGCUAACACUUUUUAGUGUCUAACCAAUGGGAAAUCGUUGGCAGCAUUUGGCAACAAGUGAGAUGCACCCAGGGACUAGUAACAUGUAAGUUCAAAGGUCAGAUAAGGUCAAAGGGUCAUAUAAGCUCAUUCUCAGGGGCGCAAUUGACACAAAAAAUACCAACAUUGCCAAUUCUCUCUUUUGUGCAUAUUAUUUGUGAAGUCUUCCAACUUUUACAUGAGUUAAAUACACCCCUGUUUUUAACAAACUUCAAGUGCCUAACUUUUAUACAAUGAUCCAUGAAUCUGUAGGGCUAAUUAUGUCUUCCAGUGUUUUUAUACGGUAAAUGUACUAUAAAAUUGGAGCAUUUUCAGGACUAUACAUGCUAAAUUUAAACAGGAUCAGUUGGUUUUUAUUCAGGUGGUUUAUGCAAUUUUUAAUUAAAUAUUUCUUAUAAACAAUGCAGAUACAACCGUGAGAAUAAUCCACAUGUAUUCAUGUUGUAAAGUUUGUUGGGUAAUUCAGUGUAAUGAGGAAUUUGUGUUUAAUCUUCAGAUAACCAUUAGAAUCUGUAACGUAGUGCAAAAGCCCAAUUGCCAGUGUUAGAAGAAUGUCACAAAUGUGUGUGUGUGUGCGUGUACCCAGAAACAGUUUCCGAACCUUGAAGGAAAAGGACACCAUGUUGUGUCCAUGUUCUUUUUUUUAUCAAGUCUCAUAUUGAAAUUCUUUACAUUCUUUUAAAUAUGGUACUUUUGAUUCUAAUUUUUAGAUCAGCCGCCAAAAUCGAAAUUUAUUUUAACAAUUUCAAGGUCUCUGUAUUCCUAUUUAGGUUUUUCUGGACACCAACUGCCUUUGUUCAGUUACUUGAACAUGAUUUUGAAGAUUUAAUAUUGUACAGCUUUUCGUGUUGAUGCAGUAAGCUUAUUAAUGAGAAUUAGAUUUUAUGGUGGUAAAUCGUCAGCCUUAGUGAUAUUUAAUUUUAAUGAAUCAACAUGUUUAAAAAAAGGGGACAUACUGUCGCUACCAAGUCAGUAAGCAUUAUUAGAAUUUGAAAAAUUACUUUCUUAUGGGGGGGGGGGGGUAUCAGAACCGACUACCUGACCAAUGAUGGCAGAAACUGGUUCCAGAUUUUGGCAUCAGGUAUCCAUAAUCAAAUUUACAAAUCACUUAGUAAGUUCUCUGCCAAUGAAGAAGAAAGGGUGUGUAUGCCAUUUUUAAGCACUUUUCAAAAUGAAAACCAGGGAACAUCCGUAAUCAAAUUUACAAAUUACUUGGUAAGUUCUCUGCCAAUGAAGAAGAAAGGGUGUGUAUGCCAUUUUUAAGAACUUUUCAAAAUGAAAACCAGGCAACGUGGAAAAUCAAAAUGGAUUCACGUUUCUUUUUCAACAUAGUAAAUUAGUUUCUUUGUAGACAGACAUACAGCUUUCCCCUUGGUGAAUAUGAUUCUGUCAUUUUUCUUCUGCCAGAGUAUGGCAUUAGGAAAGAAAACUAGGUAUACUUUAGCAGCUUGGAAUUUCUGUGUAAAAUUUUUUUUGGGGGAUGGCUUGUCCAUUAUGAGGAAGAAUGUUGAGAUUUUGUUGAAGAUUUUGAGAAUGUUGAGAUUUUGUUGAAUGUUGAAGUUUGCAUGGAAAAGGAUGAAGCCUUGGUUAGUCUCCUAGCAACAUGCGAGUGCAAGAAGAUCAUUGGUGGCUUUUGUUUUUCCAUUGUAAAUAAGAGAUGAUUGUUAUACGAGGUUGUAAUGCCAAGGUUUGUGCGUGUGGAAAAUGCUUUGGGGGAAGAGUUACGCCGUGUCUGAAUAACUUGGCUACGGCUGGAAAAUACACACAAGUCUAUAUUUAGCAAGUUUCCUUGCUGAACACAAAUCGGGUGGGAACCAGUUGCAAGCAAUGAACAACAAUGGCAUUUUAGCUGGUAACUUAGUUUGGCUAAGCUGGUACAUUUUGGGCUUAGCAAGUUCCAUUGCUCAGCAUGUAUGUAUACAUGUAUUCCUUAGCAAACUUCCUUGCUAAACAAAAGUUAGUUGGGAACCACUCGCAAGUAAUGUUCAUAUGAAAUUUUGGCUGGUAACUCAUUUAAGCCGCACAAAUAUAUUCUGGACUUCAGAAUCAUUUCUGGCAUCAGGUCCAUGAAAAUACACAACUGAUAAUGGUGUUGGGGUCUGUCCUGUCAGUUUAUAUAGAUUGCUGUGAUCAGUGUUGUAAUAUGCAAUUUUAUGGCUUCAAGCAUCAAGAUAUUCUGCAAUAUAUAUUGUUAUUUGUGUGUGUGUCUCCAAGUAAGGCCUACACUACAGUGAGGCUACUGUCUCUUGAGUCAGUGAAAAGACAUGGUCUUGGCUUCUGGGAACAAGACCAAGAUGUCGGCACACUGAAAGUCUAUAUGCAUUCAAAUGAGUGGAUGCUUAUCUCUAUCAUUGUGAAUAGUCUUAAACAAGAGGAACUUAUUUAUCAAAUUCUUAAAUGUUCUUCCACGGUUGAGAUAUACUUAUGAAGGUAUUGCAUGUUGUUUUUUUAAUUAUUCCUGUAUAGGUAAUAUAUUUGCAGUUUUUAUAACUUUUUUGAGAGCUACUUAAAUCUGUAAAAUAGGACAUUUGGAACUUUUGAGGUUUGUUAGGGGAAAUGGUUGUUUAUUUUGUAAGAACUUAACUGAUCAAUUUCUCAUUCCAAGUUUUCCUAUUUAAUACAGAAACGAUGUAAAUAGUAUAUAAUGAAUGUGUGUUGGUAAGACUCAACUUCGGCAAUGCAAACUUAGAAAUACAAUCUUAAUACUUAAUUAAUAUAGCCUUGUACAGUUAAAUCAAAAUUUAAAGUUAAAUUUUUUUUUUUUUUCCAUUGGAUAUUUUUUUAAGCAGUUUGGACAAAGGAGGCAGUUUUACCAGAAAAUUAUGUAAAUUUCCACCUACAUAACACUGCCCAACUGGAACAAGGGACCAGUGAUACUUUUGUGACCUUUCACCUUGGGUUACCUUGGUUUGAUUCCAACUUUUGACAAUCUAACUGAACAAAAAUGUAUUCUCUCUUUUGUCCAGAUACAUUUUUUAAUGUAUAUUAAAUUCCCAGUGGCUUUUUAAAACAUUUUUGUAUCAUAUUAAUUCACAAGUGACCUUGUUUUUUAAGAAAGUAAUUACUAUACCGACUACCCUUUUCAAAUAAAUUUGGUGGAAUUUUAACAGAG